GAGUAGAAAAUCGGAACUUUACACUCGGGUUACAUAUUCUUCAAAAUAAUCUUUAUUAAUAUAAAGUCUUUUUCUCCUGACAUUUAUUGCUAUAUAAGUUCUGUUGCUCUUGACAGCCAGUAGUUACCGUAGCAACUAGUAACAGUAGGCUCGUCCCCUUUUGCCAUCUUUAACUCUGGGCCUGGACUGAUGUUAACACCAGCUUGAUCUUCUCUCUUGUUAUCUCUGCUUCAACUUUUGAUAAAAGCUUGUUCCAGUCAGAGAGAUGAAGAAGCUCUGUCACCUGUAUAACAACAUCCUGAUAGUCGGCAUUUUACUGAUUGUCUUCGUUCCUCCAGGUGCUGUGGCUCAUUGUCGUAAUGUUCAAGACCUCCACGUUUAUUUACCAGCUGAGGAGGUCGAAGCUCUGGUGGGAUCUUGUUUCGACAUUCCGUGUAGAUAUGAUCCUUUGCCACUAUUUGACAGCACAAAACCCAUUUACGGAAUCUGGAUGAAACAUGUUAAGGAUUAUCUUUAUCUGGAAGAUUCUCAAGUUUAUUAUAACAGCAGCGGGACAGUUAACUCUCAUCAAAUGCAAUUGACGGGAGAUUUGAGGAGGCACAACUGCACCACUCGGAUUUCUAAUUUAACACCACGUCAUGCAGACUCGUACAUGUUAAGAAUUGAGAACGUGGACGCGAGAGCAACAUUUUGUGACGAUUUUCUGACUUUAAAAGUUGUAGAUUCUCCACGGCCUCCCAUCAUUGUGGUUUCUGGACAAAAGCUGAAGGAGCGUCAGUCUGUCACUGUAUCCUGCUCAGCUAAUACCCCCUGUUUACAGUCACCUCCUGAACUAACCUGGAAUAUCAGCCAACACUCCACCAGAAUAUUACAGCAAAAAAAGGAUGACAUAUUUAUGACUACAAUCCAGAAAACUAUCACUCUGACACACCACCAUGAUGGAUACAUUAUCAGCUGCUCUGCCAGAUAUCCUGUGAAAGGAGAAUUCAAACAGUCACCAGAGUCAGUAAAGACUCUCAGUGUUUCAUAUUCUCCUAAAGGAACUGACGCAUCCAUCGAUCCGGCAUCUGUGGUGUCAGAAGGUACCUGGGUGACGCUAAUGUGCACCAGCAAAGCCAACCCUCCGAUCAGGAGAUUCAGCUGGUUCAAGAAGAGCAGAAAAGGACCCAUUAAAGUAUCUGAAAAUCCAACUUACAGCUUUACUGCCACUCCUACUGCAGAAGGAAACUAUUUCUGUGAGGCCACAAAUGCGAUUGGUAGGGAGAGAUCGCGUGUCAUCGUUCUUGACCUCAUUGAGGCUCCUAAAAACACCAAGGCAUACAUAAAUCAAGCAGGUCUGCUGACAACAGGUACCUGGGUUGAGCUAACUUGCGAAACCGAAGCCACUACUCAGGUCAACUUCACCUGGUUCAGGAACAACAAAGAUGGAACCACGAAGCUAACUACUGAUCAGUUUCACUCCUUCAGUGCUUCUCCUGCUAAUGAAGGAGACUAUUACUGUGAGGCCAGUAAUAAGCGUGGUAGUGACACAUCGAGAAGAUUCUGUAUUGACACCAGGGAUGCUCCUUUUAUUCCGAGCAUUAAUAUCCCUGUUGGUGAAUGGAAGGAGGAUCAGUCUGUCACUAUAACCUGCUCAGUUUCAACUCCCUGUCCACAAUCACAACCUGGACUCACCUGGAAUCUCAAACAAGACUCUCUCAGACAAACAGAGAAAAACACAGAGGGAAGAUUCACAACUAAAAUUCAGGAGACCAUCACUCUGUCUGACAAACAUGAUGGAUACAUCAUCAGCUGUUCCACCAGACAUCCUGCAGAUUUAGAAGACAAGACAGCAGAGAAAGACGAGACUCUCAGAGUUUUAUAUGCUCCUAAAGCCACCUCAGCAUCCAUCAGCCCAUCGAGUUUGUUGUCAGAAGGUAACUGGGUGGAGCUGAUCUGCUCCACCAGAGCCAAUCCUCCCCCCAAAAUCACCUGGUUCAAGAAAGGCUCCAAGAUGUUCAGUAAAAUAUCUACAGGCAUCAUUAUCAAGGUUAAAUUUACUGAGGGCAAUGAGUACUACUGUGAAGCUGAAAAUGAGCUGGGUAAACAGAGAUCAUCACCAAUAACGCUCAGAGUAAAAAGUACAGCGGGAGUCCUGAUUUAUGCUUUAUUAGGAGUCUUGGGAUUGGCAGCUCUUGGCAUUAUGGGGUUUCUCCUUGACAAAUGGUACAAACAGACCUCUUGAUCUAGUCCGGCUUCUUAGUUAAAAAUAAAGCAUUACAACCCACUUCAACCCUGUCAGUGUUAGAGAAACAUCAUGCAGUCACCAAUUGUGAAG